UUGAAGUCACCUGUCAUGCACGUCGAGGUCCUGUCUGCCCUGCUUUGCCUUGUUACAGCGUAUGCAGGAUGCCCACUCGGAUUUCAUCAAAACAGAAGAUCCUGCUACUGGUUCUCAACCAUUAGAAGUUCGUUUGCAGAGGCGGCAGGCUACUGUCGAUACUUGGAGAGCCACCUUGCCAUAAUAUCAAACAAAGAUGAAGAUUCGUUCAUCAGGGGAUAUGCUACCCGUCUUGGUGAAGCUUUCAAUUACUGGCUUGGUGCUUCUGAUCUGAACAUAGAGGGGAGAUGGCUGUGGGAAGGACAACGCCGCAUGAACUACACAAACUGGAAUCCAGGACAACCUGAUAAUGCGGGAGGUAUCGAACACUGUCUUGAGUUAAGACGGGUUUUAGGAAACUAUCUGUGGAAUGAUUAUCAAUGUCAAAAACCAUCACAUUUUAUUUGUGAAAAGGAACGCAUAUCAUACACCAACAGUUUGCAUGCAAACCUGCAACAGAGGGACAGUUUGCAUGCAAACCUGCAACAGAGGGACAGUUUGCAUGCAAACCUGUAACAGAGGGACAGUUUGCAUGCAAUCCUGCAACAGGAGGUGAAAUAAAGCCUUCAGCAUGUU